AUGUCGGGAACUAGGCCUACCUUCACGCCCAUCAUCUCCAACCCGGCUCUCCUAUACACCCGUACCUGCUCUUACGUCACGCAGGGAGUGCCUGCAACUUAUACAGGUAUCUUCUGUGCAAAUGCCGAUCUCUUUAACUGGGUCAACAUUGGUGCUUACACGCUCGACAACUACCAAUUCCUCAACCCAUUCGCGGUCACUCCUCGCCCUUUCAUAGCCACGUUCGGCGACCAGCCUGCACCGACCACAGUCGCUACAAACACUGUUGUGGUGACCCAGACUGCCACCAACACUGCUUUUGCUCCCAUUCAGCCUGCAGCGACUACUACGGUCACUUCUGCUUCCGCCACUACUACACACUGUUACCUCGUGCCCAACGCCUUCAAGCACAUCCACGCCAUUGAGCUCUUCGAGCCCAUCUUCUUCUCUAAUCGUGCCGUCCUUCUCGUCUAG